UUCUCCCAUGAUUGGUCCGUGAUCGCCGUCAGAACAGGCUACACCCUGAGGAAACAGAACGGAGUUUUUAUUUGAGGACAGAGAGUAUCGCAGACACUCUUCACCCAUGGAGGAACCACAUCGUCCGCGAGCACGUUCGCGCAACUCCUCUCCUCACCUUUCUCCUGAGCUUUACGACCCUGUUCAUGCCAUGGAGCUCGAUGACUAUGCUCGCACGCCUCCAAGUACACAUUCGCGCCGAGGACGCUCCGUGUCACCUCAUGAUUCGUACUUCCCACCGGCUGGCAGCAGCCGGAGUGGUGAAGCCCACUACAGAACAAUCUCAGAGACGUCGGGCGCAGAUGACAAACAGCCGCGGAAGAGCAUGCAGACUCCAUCGCUAUACUCUCUUGGACGUUUCAGAACAGAUGUCGAUACAGAGAGGCUUGUUGAGAGAAGAGCCCGUGAGAUAGCAGUCUGGAAAGUCACACCUUUCCUCAUGGUGCUUCUCUUCUUCCUUGGUGUUCUUGGCGCCAUCGCCCAUCACAUCUUCUACAUGAAGUUGAACGGCAAACCUGCGGACAAUCAGUUAUGGAUGGUGCGUUACGGCACAGCUUUGGCCUUCUUCACGAAAGCGACACUCGUCGGUAGCGUUAUUCUCAGUUACAGACAAAGGAUAUGGCAGACAUUCAGGAAAAAGGCCAUGACUAUGGGCGCAAUUGAUGGACUCUUUGCCGCCACAGAAGAUCCGACCAUGUUCAUAAAGUGGGAAAUGAUUCGCAAUGCAAAGCUGGCUGUUCUCAUGGCAGUCGCAUCAUGGCUAAUACCAAUCGCAGCGCUGCUAUCGCCUGCUUCUCUAACUACAGACAUUACGCAGAGUGUGAUCAAUGCCACUUGUACUAGUGCGCCGGCCAUUGACUUCGGCCUGGAGGGCAUCUACGAUUUCAGGAACGACUCCCAGAAAGGCUUUCGAUCUUUGAUCUUUUACAAUAGCACAGAUCUCAAGCAAAAGACCGAAGGCUGGUUUGACUACUUCGACCAGCCUUCAAAGGACACGAAACGACUCGUCAAUACCGCAAUAUAUCUGAAAAGACCUGUACAACCAGAUAAUUCCUUGAAUACCCAUUGUGAAGCGGGAUGGAACUGCACUUAUACCGUCCAUCUCAUUGGUCCCGGUUAUAAAUGCGACGAGCUAGCAAGCGGCGAAGAUGCUGACAAUGAAAAGCUCGUAGAUGCGGGUUCUCCUUUCAACAUGUCACUCCUUGCACCCAAGGGUAACAACAUAUAUGUGUCAGAUGUCGACACAGCUGACUAUGUGAGAACGCAAAGCAACGGGACCUACCUCGACCCAGUUCCUACAGACCUUGGUGUCCUCAAAGCUGAACCUGUCAUCUGGAUUGGUUAUGCUGUAAAUACGAGCGAACCAUACCCUGACGACUCCCCUUACCGCAAGAAAUGGAAGACCGUUCACGUACCUAAAAUCUUCAGGUGCGAACACUACGUCACCGACUACACUGUCAAUCUUACAUACGCCGAGGGGAAUCAGCACUCGAACGUCACUAACCAUGACUAUCUCUACCCGAUCAUCAACACCACUAUUACACGGGAUCCUGAAGAAACACAGGAGUACAUGAUCGGCCCCGAGUCUGAGUUUGUUCGUCCUACCGAGGAUGUCAAGACCUACAAACUGAUCUCAACAUACCACGCUAUCGGCUACUUGCUCCGAGUCUUCCUCAGAGGUACAAUCAUGGUCAACGAAAAUUAUCCCUUGACCCAAAGUGAUAUCUCAGAGACCAAAAUGAUCAAUGUGACGACGAACUAUCCAGUCGACGCGUUGAUGAAAACGAUGGUGGACACAUAUGACGACAUGUUAAUAUCUCUUCUAUCUGAGAACUUGGGGGUCGUUACGUCCGAGUCUGUCUCUUGCCAAAAAUCCAAGCAUGAGAAUGUCUACUUCUACCAACAGGAAAGCUUGUGGAUUGGCUACGCAAUUGUCAUCUUAGUUACACUCGCAGCCAUGCUGAUUGGAUUCUACAGUAUGUGGAGAAACGGUGUCGCUAGUGACACGCUGUUUAGCCGCAUCCUCGUAACCUGUCGAAACCCAACCCUAGAUCGUCUCAGUGUUGGUGCAUGCCUCGGAAGUGAUCCAUUCCCUGCAGAGUUGUCCCGUACGAAACUUCGUUUCGGCGUUUUGGUGGAAGAAAGUGAAGCAGAAGACUCAAGGUUCGAGCGCCUGUUCGACAAAGUUGAACAUGUGUCUUUCGGUACGAUGGGAGAGACUACGGAGAUACGAAAGGGAAACACGUAUGCCGGUCUGAAAAGAUGGCGACGAGACUAUAGAGCGAUUGAAGAGGAGAAUCACCUACUCCAAAUAGACGGGGAACAGGAUGAUGAUGAGUUUUAUCCUGCUAUGGAGAAACUAUGAGCGUUCAAUAUUAUAACCGAUCUCUCUGUCU